AUAGCGUGGUACUCGUCACGAAUACCAAUCGCUGGGGUCGCGGCGGGAGGAAUAUGCUGUUUGUUGACCAUACGAUCACGCUGAACGAAAACAUGGUUUGAGACGCCGUAAGCGGGCACAGGUUGUUUGCCCUCGUCUCAUUGCGGACCAAUUCCCGGUCCACCGCUGCGUCUCGACUCGACGGUUGUGACCACCCCACUUCGCAUUGGGCAAUCGGUAAAGCCAUAACAUUACUUUGCAAUUUUAUCGGUUGAAACUGCCGAGCGAGCUUGCGUUUUUGGGUGCUGUCUUCUCCCACCUUUUAUCAGUUAAGUUGUACAGUGAGUGUCAGCUUGUUUCGACACGUCUGUAUAGACGCAACUCGGUUUGCUUGUGUUGUUUGGUGGCUGGCCAAAUCAAAGGCUAUUCAUUUUUCACUUGCUGUUGUUCUUUGAAGAAAUCAAGCAAGAUGGUGCGUGUGAGCGCUAUUGUCGGAGCUGCUGCAUCGGUGUUCGUGUGCCUGUCUGCCGGCGCUUACGCUGCCGAAGGCGGCGACAACCAGUCGAGCGCCGUCUCAGAUCGGGCGUCUCUCCUUGGUUUGCUGAGUGGAGGGACAGGGCAGGGAUUAGGAAUCGGAGAAUCUGUAGAGCUGGAGAUGAUGGGGAACACGUAUCGUGUGGAGAGACCCACAGGCAACCCGGACUUGCUCAAGAUCGCCAUUAAAACUUCAGAUGGAUCGUACAGCGAAGUCGGCAAUGUUAACAUGGAGGAGGUGAUUGAUACUAUGAAAAGCAUGCAGAGGGACGAGGAGAUUUUCUUUCGUGCGUUGAACAAAGGCGAAACAGUAGAGGAAGCGAUCGAAGACGUGGCUCAAGCAGAAGGGCUUAAUUCGGAGCAAACCCUGCAACUGGAAGAUGCAGUGAGCGCGGUGGCGUCUGUUGUUCAAGACGAGAUGAACGUGAUCGACGAUGUGCAGCAGCUUGAAAAGGACAAACAACAGCUUAAGGAUGACAUAGGGUUCUUAACAGGAGAGAGAGAGUAAUUGGAGGUAGCUUUGUUGUGAUCGUACCCCAUGUUACUUCACCUGCUGUCGCAUAUGUUUGGGGGGAAAUUGCUCGGAUAUCUUCAUUUGGUUGCUCGGAUAUCUUCAUUUGGUUUCAAUCGACUGCGUGUGUCAGCUGUGGAAAGUUGAUGGUUGGUACCCGGUGACGAAUCGCAGGUUAAUUAGUGAAAGACGCGUGACAUGGUCUUAUGGGAGCAGUUCUCCAGUCCUUUCUCAGUGACGGCAAAAGUGAACGUGUGCACGGCCGAUAGAAUGGGGAGCAGUGGCCGCAACCCAGCAGGGCGUGAAUUACAUUGGGUUGAGGGCUGGCGUGCAGCUCCAUUUUCUCAACCGAGUAUAAUGUAGUUCCCGGUGGUUGUUGCUCAGUUCAAUUCCGUGCGUCGCGUUUUGCGUUUUGCUAGCUGGCAGCAGAUGUAGAUGGUCAAGAAACUAGGAAAGAAGAGAGGAGGCAAGAAUAAUUUUGCACGCUGACGAGUUGCCAAUGGAAGCCGUAGUCGAGGCUGCCGUCGCCACUCUACAACAGUCAACAGUUGCAACGAACUUAGUAUUGUAUUUGCGAGCUCGAAUCGCGCACCGUGGAGGAGGGGAAGCAUUGCACAAUUUGGCGAUCAGGACCCUGCUGUUUUUCUGUAGACUCUCAUCUCUGCUACUGUAUGAGCUCGGAGAAACGGACGAGAUUUGUAGAAUUUUGCAUUAAGAGAGCAACUUUUAGGCGUACGGUAGUUGAAGUACCGUUUCUGUUUUCGAAAAGGUUUAGAUUUCUACUUGUCGGAUUGUGUCAACAGCACCAAAGCAGCUCACUCUUUUGUCGAAUUAGAUUGUUAGGAAGGAUAGUUCAUCAGGUGUAAUACGUAAGUGUGGCUAAAAACGUGUAGAGACAGAUUGUUCCCAAUCUAUACCAUGUAACUUGUGUAGAU